UACCGCCAUUCGCCCUCUAGAUGUCGCUGCCUCCGCCUCUUGGUUGUCGGAGGGAUGACGUCACAGGGCGGCGCCGUCCCACGUUCCUUAUCCGGGCCGGGAAGAGACAGCUGGUGUUGGGCGGGUCUCCGUCCUUUCCGCUUCUUUCUCCGGUCACCCCGAGGAGCCAUGAGGCCGGUCGAGGCGUGAAGAGCCAGUCGGGGAUGAUGCGGCGAUCCCGCAGAGUAAUGAGCGGCUGCCCCCGGCGGGAUGGCUAGCGGUGGCGGCGGCUCCGGUUCCGCCCGGUCCUCGGUGCCCUCCGGAGCGGGCGGCUCCCAGCCCCGCAAGAAGCUGCUGAGCAUCUGCGACCAGUGCAAGGCCAAGAUGCAGCUGGUGGCCGAUCUGCUGCUGCUGUCCAGCGAGCCCCGGCCCGUCCACCCCCCGGAGAGCUCCGGUACUCAGCUGGGAGAGGCCUUUGAGAAGUGCCGGGACACGGUGAUCGCCAGAACCAAGGGUCUGUCCAUCCUGACCCAUGAUGUGCAAAGCCAGCUGAACAUGGGCCGCUUCGCUGAGGUGGGGGACAGCCUGCAAGAGAUGGGGGACCUGGUGGUGUCGCUGGUGGAACUGUCUGCCCACGCCGCGUACCUGGCGGCGGUAGAGGUGCCCGGCUCCCACGCCGCCCUUCCCGGCCUGGUGGACCGCUACCGGGUGACCCGUUGCCGUCACGAGGUGGAACAGAGCUGCGCCCUGCUCAGGACGGUGACCCUCCAGGACCUGACCCCUCAACUCCUCCUGGAGAUCUCCCAGAACGUCUCCAAGAACCUCAAGAUCCUGACCGACGCCAGCGUGGUCGCCAGCGAGAAGUCCCGGGACAAGUUCGCCAAGGAGCAGUUCAAGCUGGGAGUCAAGUGCAUGAGCACCAGCGCCACCGCCCUCCUCGCCUGCGUCAAGGAAGUCAAGACCGCCCCCAGCGAACUCUCCAGGAACCGCUGCGUGCUGUUCGGCGGGCCCCUGGUGCAGGCGGUCCACGCCUUGGUCGGCUUCGCCACCGAGCCCCAGUUCCUGGGCAAAGCUGCCACGCUCAACCAAGAGGGCAAGGCCGUGCAGACCGCCAUCCUGGGGGGCGCCAUGAGCGUGGUAUCCGCCUGCGUCCUCCUGACUCAGUGCCUCAGGGAUAUAGCCCAGCAUUCUGACGGCAGCAGCAAGAUGACGGACUACAAGGACCGCUUGAGGAGCUCGGCCUGCGCCGUCUCCGACGGCUGCAACUUGUUAUCUCAGGCCCUAAGAGAGAGGUCGUCUCCGAGGACUCUGCCGCCAGUGCACUCCAAUUCUGUGAAGUCCCCCUGAAUGGGGGGGGGGGAAACGCCCUCCCUUCAUCUUACCAAAGAAUGUUGGUUCACACGCAAAAAGCCCGUAAUAUAUGAAGGUGGCCGAGUGUCCUCGGACCUGGAGGUGCCCAUGGAGCGUUGCAUUUCUUCAUGGUGGAGGUUAGGGAUGAGCUCAGGUGUGUUCUGAUCCUAGUCCAAUCCCACCAGGAAGCUGUCGCUGUACUGGGCCAAUCCUGAGCAGUUGAGGCAUUUCUUGCCCUGCAGCUUAUGAAUUGCCUAGCACAGGUGAUCACUCGGGUGGGCCUAGACUAGGAUCCUUACACACCCUGGUGGACAUGAACUUGGGCGUUCUUCAAACUCUUUUCUAACCCGAGCGCCGACUUUUUUGCACUCCCGUGAGCUGUAGCUGUAGAUUUCAUUCCUCACCCACAAGUCCUGGCAGCUAACCCGGCUCACAGCUUAUUGGGAGUCCAAAAAAAGCUGGCCUCCCUUUUUAGCCUUGGUUCACACUGUCACAUUGCAUGUGAUUUGCACAGGAAUCGCAUUGCAUUCCUGUGCAAAUCACAUGUUAUUCUGUUCAGUGUAAGUUGAGCCCAUUCGUUUAAAUGGCUAAAUUCACACUGCAUUUGUAUGAAUUUUUUUUUUUUUUUGCACUGGAUCACAUGGGUGUUCAUACCCAUGCAAUCUAGUUCAAGCAAAUGCACUGCGUUUUGCGAGAGCUUUUGGGAUGACAACUUUUCAUUGACGCCCACAGGAGAUCGCUUGCAGUGCAAGAAAAAAAGCUGCAUUUCAUGCAUCACAUUAGUGUAACUUGGGGCUUACGGAUUAGGUUGGGCGAUGCCCAAGUUCACAUCUACCAGGGCGUGUUGGGAUCCUAGUCCAAACAGACCUCUGUGAUCCCUCAGCUGCUUAUGAUUGGCCCAUUACAGGUGACCGCUUAAUAGAGGGAUCGCUCAGGUGCGUUUGGACUAGUAUCUGAAAGUGCCCUGAUAGAGAGGAGAACUUGGGCAUCCUCCAUAUUCCUCUCUACUGCUUUUUUUUUUUUUUUUUUUUUCUCCAAUGGGCUGUGUGAUUUAUUGCCCCGCAAUGUCUGGGUGCUGUCCCGGCAGGCAGCUUGUUGGAGUUGCAAAAAAGCUGGCGUUCGGGUUAGAGAUUGGUUCAGAGGACGCCCAAGCUCAUAUCUAUUGGGAUGCUGUCAUGAGAUUGGAGAACUUGUCAAAGUGAAUUCACUUGUGCCUAUGUUGGUAUGAUGAGGGUGGUGGGGUGCAGAACAAAUUGUUCCAAUGCAGAUGUGUAGACCUGCACAUAAAUCACAAGUGUGUGUCCUUUCCAUCCCGCAGCUCAGUGGUUUAAUGUUUUAAUGUGGAAUUCCAGGAAAGGGAAAAAUGCUCCCUUGCAGAGGGACUUCCCCUGCACUUCAAGGGUUAAAUGCUUGUGUAGGGUACUGGGAGAAGCAAUUUUACUUACCCGAUCCUCUGCUCCCUCCUGGUUGUAA